AUGAAACUGUGUCAGAACACGACAAACAAAGACUUGCCGCAUUUUGCAAGUCGACAAAGGCGCCUUUGGAACCUGAUAUCACCUACCACGGUAAAUGCGAAUAUCUGGGGCCUCCUUCAGACCGAGAUGGCAGAUAGUUUCCGUCGAGCUGGAAUCAGACUAAAGGCUGUUAUUGCCAUGAAUCGGAGAUCGCACAACGGCAAUAACCCGCGGUCUGAGGAGCAAAACUCUUCCAGGCGAUGCCACUUGCUCGAACUUCCCACAGAGCUACUGCUGGAAAUCAUUUCCCACCUCUCCGUGCUACCAGAGGCUUGCCUUGCCUUGACUUGUAAGAGACUGUUUGCAAUAUCUGGGGCUGUUCUGGAUGCAAAAGCCCUUCAUUUCAAUCGAGACUUUGCUCCUCUCUUUCACCAUUAUCGCAACGGACACAGCUUUGCCACUACUCGAUGGCAGCUGGUCAAGAUCCUCGAGGAUAGCAGAUGGCGAGCGUGCUCCAAGUGUCUCAAGCUCCAUCCACGAAGCUUCUUCCCUCCACGAGAGCUGAGGCGCAAAUCGGACGAUCGGACGUGCAAUCUUGGGAGCCUUGCCGGUGUGGUCGACCUGUGUCCAUGCAAAAAGAUCACCUUUCGCGACAAGAUCGAACUGGUGGAACUCUUGAAGAUACGGCAAAAGUCUGUGGCAAUACUAGCAUCGCAAUUUGGUAAUGCUGUUCAAGAGCGGUUUUGCUGGCAUUCUUGCGCAGAAAAUUAUGGGUUCACGCAAAUGAAAAUUGAAAUCUAUCUAGAGCUGGAUGACGACAACCAGUUAAGGAUUAGGACCGAAUAUCAUAUGACGACGACUCCAGGCCGGCUUGGAAAAGAAGACUACAUGACUGCCCGCUUUGGGUGUGCCCACAGGUCUGUCGAUUUGUGGCUUUCUGGCGUUUGUCAGACAACCAUCUGUCAACUGUACGAGAAUCGGUGUGCUUCGUGUAGGCGGAUAGCAAUCUGCAAGUCUUGCAAUGCCGUGCUAAGAUGCCCACGCAAGCAACCUUGUCGAAUAGACGAAGAAUCCGGAACGGCGACAUAUUCUUUCUGGACCGAGAGAUGUCUUGGAGGCGCAUCACCUACCCCGGAUCUCCCAUGGGCGGCUCAGAGGAUUCACCCGGCUGAAGCAUUGGUCGACCUGGACAAUUGCAGUGAACUUUGCCCUUGGACGAUCCGUGAGCACCCCCCUCUGCCCAAUCCACCAUCUCUAGAGAUGGAUAUACUCGACCCUGCAAUUCAAGAUCAAUCUCUCAACCAGCUCUAUACCUCGAUUCAUACGACAUGA